UAUACUCACCAUAAUCCACUGAUUCCACUAUUAGAGCUGCUGAUUCCACAGAUGCUGGAGGAGUGGAAAUAGGCAAAAAGUUGCAUCCAUCGUCCAUUCAACUGGGUUGAGUCCUCACUCCACAGUGGUCCUUGGCUGUACCAUCUCCUCAUCUUCUGCAAGCCCUAGCUGAGCUCCAAUGGCUUCCUUCUCAAUCUCCACAAGCCUCUCUCCAUCACACUCACUCUCAAAACGAUCACCUCUCUCACCCGCUUACUCUCGUCCUUGGGUCCCAUCUCACCAUCGCCUUAACUCCUCUACUUGGAGGUUCAGACCUCCGAAAUUGAACGCCCGACUCGAAAACAAGCCCGGAGACCCACCCUCCUCCACCCCGCGAGAGGCCCAAUCCUUGUCUGACAAACAGCUUCAGGAACUGACACCAUCAUCUGGAUCAUGUGAUCCCCUAUGUUCUGUUGAUGAAUUAAGCUCACAAGAUUUUGAAGCCACAUACCAGCCAAAGACCGAUUUGCUGAAAGCUCUUGCAAUUCUUGCAGCAGCUACAACAGGAGCAGUUGCAAUUAAUCAGUCGUGGGUUGCUGCUAAUCAGGAUGCUGCUAUGGCAUUGCUAUUUGGAGUGGGAUAUGCUGGAAUAAUUUUUGAAGAAUCUCUAGCCUUUAACAAAAGUGGAGUGGGGUUAUUGAUGGCUGUGAGCUUAUGGGUUAUAAGAAGCAUUGGGGCACCUUCAACUGAUAUAGCUGUUUCAGAGCUAACUCAUGCAUCUGCUGAAGUUAGUGAAAUAGUGUUUUUCUUGCUUGGUGCAAUGACCAUUGUUGAGAUUGUUGAUGCUCAUCAAGGGUUUAAGCUGGUUACUGACAAUAUAACAACUCGCAAGCCACAAACUCUACUUUGGGUGGUUGGUUUUGUGACUUUUUUCCUCAGUUCGAUCCUUGACAACCUGACGACCACCAUUAUCAUGGUUUCCUUAUUGCGAAAACUGGUGCCUCCAUCAGAAUUCCGCAAGUUCCUAGGAGCAGUUGUUGUGAUAGCCGCAAAUGCUGGUGGUGCUUGGACUCCCAUUGGUGAUGUUACCACUACUAUGCUGUGGAUUCAUGGUCAGAUAUCCACAUUGCAGACAAUGAAGGGUUUGUUUAUACCUUCUGCUGUUUCUCUGGUUGUCCCGCUGGCUCUUAUGUCCCUCACUAGUGAAGUUAAUGGGAAGGGACAGGAUUCUCCCAAUGUUUUGGCAUCUGAACAGAUGGCUCCAAGAGGACAGCUUGUUUUCGCUGUUGGAGUUGGAGCUUUGGUGUUUGUUCCAGUGUUCAAGGCUGUGACUGGUUUGCCUCCUUUUAUGGGUAUUCUGCUUGGGCUUGGAGUUCUUUGGAUUCUGACAGAUGCUAUUCAUUAUGGUGAAUCGGAAAGACAAAGAUUGAAAGUUCCACAGGCUUUAUCACGCAUUGACACUCAAGGAGCCCUUUUCUUCCUUGGAAUCCUUUUAUCUGUCAGCAGUCUUGAGGCAGCAGGGAUUCUCCGGGAAUUAGCAAAUUACCUUGAUGCACAUAUCCCUAAUGUUGAACUUAUUGCAAGUUCAAUAGGUGUCGUGUCAGCAAUUAUAGACAAUGUUCCACUGGUUGCAGCGACAAUGGGAAUGUAUGACCUUACCUCAUACCCCCAAGACUCUGAGUUCUGGCAGCUGAUUGCCUAUUGUGCUGGUACGGGUGGAUCCAUGCUAGUUAUUGGCUCUGCUGCUGGAGUUGCAUUUAUGGGGAUGGAAAAAGUGGACUUCUUUUGGUACUUAAGGAAGGUGAGUGGGUUUGCCUUUGCAGGCUAUGCUGCUGGUAUUGCUGCCUACCUAGCACUUCAUAACCUCCACAUUUCCACAACUCUAGCUCAUGUUCCUUUCUUCUCUGGUUCAUAAAUCAUGGUGCUCAGAUUUUGAUGCUUUCUGGCUCCCCAAAUGGCAGUGUACAUCACAAAAUGUGGUGGCUCACAUGAUAUUGGCAUGACAAUAUUAUGGGACCAUUUUAAUUAGACCCAGAGAUGCAGAUUGUGGCAACUUUUAUGGAAAAAAAAAUAUAAUGCUGCCAAGAGUCUAAUAAUAUUCUCUUUCCUGCUAAGAAAGCAGCCCUAAAGGAAGCAUGUAUGAAGUGCACUCAGACAUUCAUCUUCAGAUGUACAUUUUUUUUGCAAACCCAAAUAAAAAUGAUAUUUCAAUUUCCAUAAA